AAAAAGAGUUUUUCGUCAACUGAAUCUUCUCUUUCACCUUUCCCUUCCCUCUUCUUUUUCUCUCGUUUUCGUUUUUCUCUUUCAAUUUCUCGCGAUCUCGUUCUCGCUCUGAUUCUUCUUCUGUGAGUACUGUUGUUGAUCGCGCUCUGUGGCAGUGAUGGUGAUUGAGCAUGACAUUGAAAGCUGCGGAAGCAGAGCGGUGCAGUCGUCGCAUCCAAAUCCUCGCCACCACCGCCAGAAACUCGAGGUCUACAAUGAGGUUCUUCGUCGAAUUCAGGAUUCCGAUUGCGAUGAGGCUCAUGUUCCUGGCUUCGAUGAUCAGCUUUGGCUUCACUUCAAUCGACUCCCUGCUAGGUACGCGUUGGAUGUCAAUGUGGAGAGGGCUGAAGAUGUUCUUGCUCACAAGAGAUUGCUCAAGUUGGCUGAGGACCCUGCUAAUCGCCCGGCAUUUCAAGUUCGAUUAGUACAGGUAUAUCCUUUCGCUGGUGCAAAUCAUAAUGAUUCCAUGCAUUUAGAUCCUUCUGAGAAAGAAGAUGCACAGAGUUCUCUUAACCAUUCUUUUAAGCAGGGAAUUCAUCCACCGCCUACAUUUGGUUCAUCUUCUAAUCUCGAAGCUCUUGCACUUCAAACAACUAAAAAUAACAUUGAAGAUGGAGGCAGUGCUAUGGGUGCGGCACAAUAUUUUCACCGGCCUAUGCACGAGAUUACCUUUUCAACAGUUGACAAGCCUAAACUCCUAAGUCAGUUAACUUCAAUUCUUGGGGAGAUUGGACUGAAUAUUCAAGAAGCUCAUGCAUUUUCCACUUCUGAUGGGUUUUCUUUGGAUGUCUUUGUCGUUGAGGGAUGGCCUAAUGAGGAAACUGAGGAGCUUAAAGGUAUAUUGGAAAAGGAAAUUUUUAAGAUAAAGGAGCAAUAUGUGUCAAAUCAGGGCGUACUUUAUGCUGCCAAUGAACAAUGCCAGACAGGGAUGGAACCUUCCCCUCAUUGUAUACAAAUACCAUGUGAUGGAGCUGAUGUCUGGGAAAUUGAUGCCAACCAGCUUAAAUAUGAAACCAAAGUUGGCUCUGGGUCAUUUGGUGACUUGUACAGAGGCACAUAUUGCAGUCAAGAUGUGGCUAUCAAAGUUCUUAAACCUGAACGCAUAAGUACAGAUAUGCUGAAAGAGUUUGCACAGGAAGUUUAUAUCAUGAGGAAGAUUAGACACAAGAAUGUUGUUCAGUUCAUUGGCGCAUGUACUCGGACACCGAAUCUUUGUAUUGUUACUGAAUUUAUGUCUAGAGGAAGCUUAUAUGACUUUCUGCACAAACAAAGGGGUGUAUUUAAGCUUCCAUCUUUGCUAAAAGUAGCGAUUGAUGUCUCCAAGGGAAUGAACUAUUUGCACCAAAAUAAUAUAAUUCACCGGGACCUCAAGACUGGCAACCUUCUGAUGGAUGAAAAUGAAUUGGUCAAGGUUGCUGAUUUUGGGGUUGCUAGAGUGAUAACUCAGUCUGGAGUGAUGACAGCUGAAACUGGAACAUACCGCUGGAUGGCUCCUGAGGUCAUUGAACACAAACCAUAUGACCAGAAGGCUGAUGUAUUCAGUUUUGGAAUAGCUCUUUGGGAACUCUUAACCGGAGAGUUGCCUUACUCGUACUUGACUCCAUUACAAGCAGCAGUUGGCGUGGUGCAGAAGGGUCUACGGCCAUCGAUUCCCAAAAACACACAUCCAAGACUUUCUGAACUGCUCCAACGGUGUUGGAAACAAGAUCCAAUUGAGAGACCAGCUUUCUCCGAAAUAAUUGAAAUUCUUCAGAACAUAGCAAAAGAGGUCAACGAUACAAAAACAGAUCGACACAAAGACAAAUCAUCCCAUCAUGGCUUUCUAUCAGCACUUAAACGUGCCCAUAACUGAUAUUUAUACCCAUAUAAAGAUUAUACAACAGCAUAACCUUUUUGUCCUGUACAGUAGGUCUGACCAAGAUUGAGUUGGCUGUUUCUGCCCUUUGAAGGAUUCUGUUGUACUCUGCUAUUGCCUUAGUUUUGUCUUGCAUUCUGCUCCUCCCUUGUGUCAACUCAACUUUAUAGGAUGGAUGCAAGAGUAGUGAAAGUCGGAAAAUUUAAGGCAACCUGUAAUCUUGAAAUUUUGCUGUAUGUUUUCCACGCAUUUCAUAUUGGAGCUUACGAUGCACUCCUGUGUCCAAAUCCCUUUGUUUUGGUAUGUAACAAGAUUGGACUCUAUCAAUUUGCGUUUGAUUGUCCACAAAUAAUCUAAACACCACGAUUUUGUCCAAAGACUAUCAGCUGCUUGUUAUUGCAAUCAACAAAGAAUGAUUAUUGCUAUGGAUUAAACAGCAACCAACACUUUA